ACCGCCCUCCUACCGUCCUAUCCCAUUCAGUGCUGCCACUCUCCACCCCCGACCCCUGUGCUCUGUGCUGUAGAUCCAACCCUUUCGCAGAAGUGCAAUUAUUUACGUCCUUCCCUCCAUGGGCUCUUUGUGAAUGGCGCAUUGGCGAAAUUCGUAGAUGCUUCCGUGCAGUCCGCACCUGAAAUUCCGGCCUAACUGGGUGCUCUUUGAGUCCUACAACGAAGAGAACUGAGGUUGUUUGCCGAUAACAACAUCCUCGGCAGGUGCGAUAUCUUUUCUUUUGGCGUUCUUUGCGAGUGUGACCAUCACUAUUUCAUUCGCUUACGAUGGCAUCGAAUAAAAAGUUUGAUGAAGGGUUGGAGCACAUCAAGAACGCUGAGAAAUGCAUGAAAACGUCUCUGCUGAAAUGGAGACCAGACUUUGACAUUGCUGCCGACGAGUAUGCUAAAGCUGCAACCUGCUUCAGGAACGCCAAAGCUUUUGAGCAGUGCAAAGACUGUCUGAUGAAAGCUGCCGAUUGCAACAAGCAAAAUCGAGCUUUGUUUCACGCUGGAAAGAAUUACGAACAGGCAAUGCUGGUGUGCAAAGAGCUUGGCGACCUGAGAGACGUCCAAAUGCUUGCCGAGAAGAGUUGUACGCUUUACCAACAGCACGGCUCUGGCGACUCUGGGGCGCAAGCUUUAGAUAAAGGGGCGAAAAUUCUUGAAUCUCAGUAUCCAGAGCAGGCUCUUCGUCUGUACCAGAGAGCUUGUGACGUUGUCAUGACUGAGGACAAUGCUCGCCAAGGCUCGGAAUACGCGAGCAAAGUCGCUCGGAUCAUGGUAAAGCUGGGCAUGUACGACCAGGCAACAGACGCCGUUCGGAGGGAAAUCGGCAUGCACCAACAAAACGAAAGUACAGGCUCGAUCGGCAGGCUAGCCGUGGCCUUGGUGCUCAUCCAGCUGGCGCGAGGAGACACCGUGGCCGCGGAGAAGGCCUUCAAGGAGUGGGGCAACUGCUGCGACCCUCCAGAGGUGCAAACCCUGGAGGAACUGUUGCAAGGGUUCGACGAGGAGGACCCGGAAAUGGCAGCUCGGGCUUUGAACAGCUCCUUCAUCAAGCACAUGGAUGUGGAGUACUCUAGGCUGGCCCGAGAUUUGCCACUGCCGAAAGGAACGGCACCGCUGUCUAAGGCGUCGGUUAUCGAGAAGGCGGCACCCUCGUACAUAUCGCCAAAUAAAGGCUCGGCAGAGGAGGGUGCUAUUGGUGGCGCGGAGGGUGCUGUGGGCGGCGCGAACGAAGAUGAUGACGAAGGCGGAUUCGGAUUGUGUUAAAUGGCUCUGGAAUUGUUGUUUGAUGAAUUUUCUUUUUUUUUUUUUUUGUAACCUGUGCGGAAUACGAGCCAACAGGGUAGAGGCUCAGCCCUGUCGCCUCGUAUCAGCAAGUCAUUCCUUUCAGAUAAACUAAGAGUAAUUUAAACUGAUUACAACACGCAACAAAUUACCAUGUUGCUUUUAGAACUCUUAAAAAAACUGUAAAAAUCUUUAAAGAUAUAUUACGCAUAAAUAACCCAUUGAAUGUAUGUCCCCUUCAUCAGCUGAAGUUGCAAAAAAAAAUCACAACUCAAAUUCCAACCCCAGGUGAUAAGAUAGUUGAACUUGCUAUGAUGUUACUAUUCAAUCGCAACAAGUUGCUGAAGAAAGCUAGUCAUGCUUGACAAAUGACUUAUUUUUUGAAAGUGUUGAUUACUGUGUAAAUACGUUACGUUAAUUAAAUUUUUACGAUCGAUUUAAACUGAUUCCAUGCGAAGGGAGAUGUCCAAACGAGAUCUCUAAUAUUGUGUUUUGAAUGUUGAAUUUGUAAUGUUAUUUUACUGUUACUAUGUGAAGAUGAAAUAAAAGCAACACAGUUGAACAUUUGUGAACCC